CCGUACCCUGGUGCUCUCCACGCUGGGAUUCACCUCGGUGGCGUUCGUCACCGGCGCUCUGGCGCUUUGGGCUCCGGCGUUUCUGUUCCGCACCCGCCUGGCCCGGGGCGAGGGGCAGCCCUGCCGGGGACGGCGCUGCCAGGGAGACCAGAGCCUCCUGUUCGGCGCGCUGACCUGCGGCUCGGGGGUGCUGGGGGUGGGGCUGGGGGCGGAGCUUUCGCGCAGGCUCCGCCCCCGCGAGCCCCGGGCGGAUCCAUUGCUGUGCGCGGGGGGGUUGCUGGGGGGGGCGCCCUGCCUGCUGCUGGCGUUGGUCUGCGCCAAACCCUGCCCCCCCGUGGCCUAUGUUUUCAUCUUCCUGGGUGAGACCCUGCUGUCGCUGAACUGGGCAAUCGUGGCCGACAUCUUACUGUACGUGGUGCCCCCCGGGCGCCGCUCCACGGCCGAGGCGCUGCAGAUCGUGGCCUCCCACUUACUGGGAGACGCUGGGAGCCCCUACCUGGUGGGACUGGUGAGUGACGCCCUGGGGGGCGGAGCCGCCGCCAUUUCCUACCAGCGCGGGGCCGGGGCUCUGCUGAGGGCGCUGCUGCUGCUGCCGUUCGCCGCCGCCCUGGGCGGGGCCGCGUUCCUGGCCGCCGGUAACUCCCUGCCCCGGGACCGGCGGCGGGCACGGAGGGAGGCCCGAGGGCUGCCCCCGGACGGUGACGAUGAUGACGAUGAUGAUGAUGAUGAUGGUGGUGGUGACCAUCGCAGUGACCAUCGCAGUGACCACCGCAGUGACCCCGCGGCCAUCGUGGUGCCGCCCGCGGCCGGAGGCCGGACACGGCGCGUGCCCGUGGCCCACGUGCUGGCCUGAGAGUGACCGCUGAGUGACCAUUGAGUGACCACCUGGGAGUGACCCAUGGAGUGACCACCUGAGUGACCACAGGCUGGCCUGAGAGUGACCGCUGAGUGACCAUUGAGUGACCACUGACCACUGAGUGACCACCUGGGAGUGACCCAUGGAGUGACCACAGGCUGGCCUGAGAGUGACCACUGACCACUGAGUGACCACUGACCAUCUGAGAGUGACCCAUGGAGUGACCACCUGAGUGACCACAGGCUGGCCUGAGAGUGACCACUGAGUGACCACCCGGGAGUGACCCAUGGAGUGACCACGUGCUGGCCUGAGAGUGACCACUGACUGCUGAGUGACCACUGAGUGACCACUGAGUGACCACCUGGGAGUGACCACAGGCUGGCCUGAGAGUGACCGCUGAGUGACCACCCGGGAGUGACCCAUGGAGUGACCAUGGAGUGACCACAGGCUGGCCUGAGUGACCACUGAUUGACCGCUGAGUGACCACAGAGUGACCACUGAGUGACCACCUGGGAGUGACCCACAGAGUGACCACGUGCUGGCCUGAGAAUGACCAUGGAGUGACCACUGACCACUGAGUGACCACCCAGGAAUGGCCACUGACCAACUGACCAUCCAGAAAUGACCACAGCUGUGGUCACUCAUGGAGAGUGGACACUGAAGAGUGGACACUGAGAGUGGACACUGGGAAUGGACACUGACCAUCUGCUGGCCUUGGAGUGACCGAGUGACCAACUGAGAGUGACCACAGCUGUGGUCACUCAUGGAGAGUGGACACUGAGGAGUGGACAUCGGAAUGGACAUUGGAGUGGACACUGGGAAUGGACACAGGAGGGGACACUGGAGUGGACACAGGAGUGGACACUGACCAUGUGCUGGCCUGGGAGUGACCAACUGACCACCCAAAAAUGACCACAGCUGUGGUCACUCAUGGAGAGUGGACAUUGGAGUGGACACUGACCAUCUGCUGGCCUGGGAGUGACCGAGUGACCACCUUGGACUGACUAUGGCUGUGGUCACUCAUGGAGAGUGGACACUGAAGAGUGGACACAGAGUGGACACAGGAGUGGACACUGACCAUGUGCUGGCCUGGAAUGACCAACUGACCACCCAAAAAUGACCACAGCUGUGGUCACUCAUGGAGAGUGGACACUGAAGAGUGGACACUGGAGUGGACAUUGGAGUGGACACUGACCAUGUGCUGGCCUGGAAUGACCAACUGACCACCCAGAAAUGACCACAGCUGUGGUCACUCAUGGAGAGUGGACACUGGAAGUGGACACAGGAGUGGACACUGGGAAUGGACACUGACCAUCUGCUGGCCUUGGAGUGACCGAGUGACCAACUGAGAAUGACCACAACUGUGGUCACUCAUGGAGAGUGGACACUGGAGAGUGGACACUGGGAGUGGACAUCGGAGUGGACAUUGGAGUGGACAUUGGAGUGGACACAGGAGUGGACAUUGGAGUGGACACUGACCAUGUGCUGGCCUGGGAGUGACCAAGUGACCACCCAAAAAUGACCACAGCUGUGGUCACUCAUGGAGAGUGGACACUGAGGAGUGGACACAGGAGUGGACAUCGGAGUGGACACAGAGUGGACACAGAGUGGACACUGGAGUGGACAUUGGAGUGGACACUGACCAUGUGCUGGCCUGGGAGUGACCAACUGACCAUCCAAAGAUGGCCACAGCUGUGGUCACUCAUGGAGAGUGGACACUGAGGAGUGGACAUCGGAAUGGACACAGAGUGGACAUUGGAGUAGACACAGAGUGGACACUGGGAGUGGACACUGACCAUCUGCUGGCCUGGAAUGACCAACUGACCACCCAGAAAUGACCAUGGUUGUGGUCACUCAUGGAGAGUGGACACUGGAGUGGACAUCGGAAUGGACAUUGCAGUGG